CGUUAACAAUUCAGUAGACAGACAGCGAACUUGGAUAUGCCGGGGCUCAUGACGAUGAUGGCACUGGCACCAUCACCCUUGUCGGUGAAGCGAUGCUUCAGCAGCAAGGAGACGCCGGGCACGACGAUGCUGCUGCUCACAAAGCGCUCUUCUUCUUCUUCAGCACACCUCCUUCGCCGAAGCUGGGCCCGGGGGGCAGCGACGGCCACCGCGACGACCGCCAUUCGUGAUGAGCAGGAGCUGAUGCAGCGCCUGGAUGAGGACGGGUGGGUGGACCGGCAUCUUCUGCCGCUGCUCACCCCUGCGGAGGAGGCCUGGCAGCCGGCCGACCUGCUGCCCUCAUUUUCCGCCUCUGCCGACGAGCAGCGGAGCCAGGUGGCGGAGCUCCAGGCCCGCGCGGCUGCCGUGCCCGACGACCUCCUUGUCUGCCUCGUCGGCAACAUGAUCACGGAGGAGGGGCUGCCCACCUACAUGUCCAUGGGCAACCGCGUGGCGGGCGCCAGCGACGCCACCGGCUGCGACGGCCACGCCUGGGCGCGGUGGCUGCGCGGCUGGACCGCCGAGGAGAACCGCCACGGCGACCUGCUCAACCGCUACCUCUACCUGUGCGGCCGCGUCGACAUGCGGCAGGUGGAGAGGACGGUGCACCACCUCCUCCGCCGUGGCAUGCGCGCCAUUCCGCGGCCCUCCAGCCCCUACCACAGCCUCAUCUACGGCGCCUUCCAGGAGCGCGCCACCUUCGUCUCCCACGCCCGCACCGCCGGGCGCGCCUCGCGCCACGGCGACGCCUGCCUCGCCAAGAUCUGCGGCGUCAUCGCGGCCGACGAGAGGCGCCACGAGGCCGGCUACACAAAAGCCUCCGCCAGGGCCUUUGAGACAGACCCGGACGGCAUGGUGCGGGCGCUCGCAGCCGUGAUGCGCGCCAAGGUCACCAUGCCCGGCGAGCUCAUGACCGACGGCCGCGACGAGCGCCUCUUCGAUCACUUCUCGGCGGUUGCGCAGCGCUCAGGGGUGUACACGGCGGCGGACUACGGAGACAUGGUGGAGCACUUCGUUCGCAGGUGGAAGGUUGCGGAGCUCGGCGCUGACCUGUCCGGCGAGGGGCGGCGCGCGCAGGACUACGUGUGCGGGCUGCCGCGCAAGGUACGCAGGAUGGAGGAGCUGGCCCACGACCGCGCGGCCAAAAUGGAGGCCCAGUCCGUUAGCUUCAGUUGGGUGUUCGAUAGGCCCGUCCGUAUCCGCUGAUCAGUUAGCCUUAAUUUGGGUUGGAGGCCCACUCCAACUCCUCAACUGAAGAAGGUCCAAUCACUGCUGCUUCUUUCCCUAAUAAAAGACUUCUGCUGCUUCUGUUGUAAUCGAGACUGGCUGCAUUUGUAAUAUGUUUAAUACUAUAAAUCUGCACUAUCUUUUUAUAACUA